CAGAUAAAUUGUGUCCUCAUGACAGUUUGGUUAUAAAUUCUUCUCCAGCACAGCCAGGCGGAAGUCCCGCUACAAACGAUUCAGGCUAGACAACAUUAGACACGAUGGUGAAGAUUGGGAUCAACGGAUUUGGACGCAUUGGCCGCCUGGUGACCCGUGCUGCAGCUACAGGUAGUAAGGUCGAGGUCGUAGCCAUCAAUGACCCCUUUAUUGACCUCGACUAUAUGGCUCACCUGAAGGGUGGAGCUAAGAGGGUGGUGAUCUCUGCCCCAAGUGCUGAUGCUCCCAUGUUCGUCAUGGGCGUCAACCACGACAAGUACGACAACUCCAUGAAGAUUGUCAGCAAUGCUUCUUGCACAACCAACUGCCUGGCUCCGCUUGCCAAGGUCAUAAACGACAACUUUGGCAUCGUUGAGGGUCUCAUGAGCACGGUCCAUGCAGUCACUGCCACACAGAAGACAGUUGACGGUCCCUCAGGUAAGAUGUGGAGAGAUGGCCGUGGUGCCUCCCAGAACAUCAUCCCUGCCUCCACCGGCGCCGCCAAGGCUGUUGGCAAAGUCGUCCCUGAGCUGAAUGGCAAGCUGACUGGUAUGGCUUUCCGUGUCCCCACCCCCAAUGUGUCUGUGGUUGACCUCACUGUCCGUCUGGAGAAGCCUGCCAAGUAUGAUGACAUCAAGAAGGCCAUUAAGGCUGCUGCAGAGGGACCCAUGAAGGGAAUUCUGGGAUACACAGAAGAUCAGGUUGUAUCCACUGACUUCAACAGUGACCCUCACUCAUCCAUCUUUGAUGCCGGUGCUGGCAUUGCUCUUAAUGAACACUUCGUUAAGCUGGUUUCAUGGUACGACAACGAGUUUGGAUACAGCAACCGUGUGUGUGACCUGGUUCAGCACAUGUUCUCUAAAGAGUAAAGUCGUGACUCAUCAUUAUUUCUUUCACCUGUAACUAGAUGCCGCAUCAUCCACCCCAGGAUUAAACUGUUCUACAAGAAACAUCUUCCAACAAUAAAUAUCUCUUAUUUUGACAACUUCA